AGUCAGUCUCAUUGGGAUCCUUACAAUGAUCAGUGCUGUGACAUUUCUUAUCACUUUGCCUUUUAUUAUAUUAUUUUUAGUGAACAAUGCUUAUAAGAGGCCUCCUAAUUUUCCUCCAGGCCCCCCAAGCCUGCCAGUUUACGGAGCGUACUGGAUCAUCCUAGCCCACAGUUUCAACAACUUAGCCGACGCGUUCCUCAAGCUCGGGCGGCGGUACAAGACGGGCAUGGUGGGGUGCUACCUGGCGGCGUUCCCCGCGGUGGUGGUCAAUGACCCGGCACUGGUGAAGGAGAUGCUGAAUAGGGAGGAGCUGGACGGACGCAUGGACAUACUGCUGGGACGGCUGAGGUCCUGGUGGAAGAAACUAGGCAUAUUCUUCGUGGACGGCUUCUUCUGGCACGUGCAGCGUCGGUUCUCGCUGCGCUACAUGCGCGACUUCGGCUUCGGGCGCCGCUGCCCGCGCCUGGAGGCCGUGCUGGAGCAGCAGGCCCGGGACAUGGUGGACAUGAGGAUUAGCGGGCCCAAGUACCCGGCUGAAGAGGAACUAGUAAAAGGCGACCUCAUCCACUUACCACACUUCUUCGCGGCUCCCUUCAUAAACGGCAUGCUCCACGUGUUCGGUGGGACGACCCUCCCACGGUCGGACUACCACGAGCUCUGGGCGCUAGCGCGGGGCGCCCUCCUGUUCCAACGCAGUUCGGACGACCUCGGCCGGGCGCUGUGCCUCACGCCCUGGAUCAAGGAUCUGUUCCCGGGAUGGAGCGGGUAUAAUGAUCUGAGGAAGGGGAACUUUUAUUUGCAGGACUAUUUUAGCAAAUUCGUAAAUGAAGCGUUGGAGACUCACGAGGAGGGGCAGGACCGCCAUUUUGUGGACAUGUACCUCACGAAGAUGAAGGAAGAAAUGAGAGAAAAGGGAAAGACCACUUACUCAGUGGACCAGCUUGUAAUGACCUGCGUUGACUACACGUUUCCGGCUGCCUCGGCCGUGGAGCAAGUCCUCUCAUUCCUGGUGGAGCGACUACUACUUCAGCCGGAGGUGCAGGAGAAGGUGCACGAGGAGAUCGACCGGGUUGUCGGCCGCGCGCGCCCGCCUAGCUUGGACGAUCGGAAGAACAUGCCCUACACGGAGGCGUGCAUCCGCGAGGUGAUGCGGUGCGAGAGCAUCGUCCCGCUCGGCAUCCCGCACCGCGCCAUGCUAGACACGCAGCUAGGCCAGUACGAUAUACCGGAGGGCACAUUAGUAGCGGCUAACUACGUGGCUCUCCACAUGGACAAGGAGAUCUGGGGGGACCCGGAGAACUUCCGCCCCGAGCGGUUCAUCCAAGACGGCCAGCUCAAACCCAGCCUCGACAAGUCACUGCCUUUUGGAGCCGGUCGGCGGCUCUGCGCAGGCGAGACCUACGCGCGGCAGUCCAUGUUCCAGGUGUUUGCGGCCUUCAUGCAGGCCUUCCACGUGUCAGCAGCUGACGGCUGGACCCGGCGCCCCGCGCCGCGCCUGCCCGGCAUCAUCACCAGCAUACCUGACUUCUGGGUGCGAGUCACGCCCAGGGUUUAGAGUUUAUGAUGUGGAGGUUAUUUGAAAUGUUAUGUGUACACUCACGUGCAAUGAAAAAGUUCUG